AUGAACAGCGCCACCGGAGAGAGCGACCGCGACCCUGCCAAGGCCGCCGAGCAGCUCCAAGUGGUUCGACCAAAGGUGAGACUUCGAGACGACGACGCGGAGGUAUUCCGCACCUUGGCACACAGCGUCGUGUCUCGAACGCUGGCCCACGAGUGCGAGUACCGUCGCCAAGGAUCCCCGGAGCCUGGCACACACGAGUGGAGGUUAAUCAAGCGCCAGAACGGACUUCGCGUAUACAAGAGUCAUGAGAACGGUCUCGCUCGGCUGCCGACCGGCUUUUGUAUCGGAACCAUCGACGGCUCGCUGGACGACGUCCUCUACGGGCUGCACGCCAAGACCCGCCACGAGAUGCGCGUGGCCAACGCGUUCCUGAGCAAAGGUCAGGUCAAGUGCGCCGUGCUGUCAUUGAUCGAGAGCGGGUCGGAUCGGGACCCGUCCAAGCAGCUCGCGCUCAAAUGGAUGCUCACACAGACGGUCGGAGACACUCGCUACGAGAAGUACCGCGACUUCUGCACGCUGGAGUCGAUGGGCACAGGGGUCGACGGCCAAGGCGAACGCUUCGGCUACCGCUUGAUCAAGAGCGUGGACCUGGCCGAGCACCCGCAGCUGGCUACGGGUGACGACGUCGUUCGGGCCAAGAUGACCAUGUGCUGCAUCUUCCGGGAAGACGCGGCGUCUCGAACUGUGCGCGUGUACUCCAAAGGGAUGCUCGACAUGGUGGAGGACGUGCCUCCCUCGUUCCUGUGCAAUAGCGACGCCACCUGCAGUAUGAUGUUAUCCAUCGCCAGCGCCACGGAGAUCGCGGAGGCCAAACGUCUGACGCUCCUAGCGCUGCAGCGCGUCGAGUACGUUGCUUGCUCGUCGUACCGGAAGUGUGACGAGUCGGAGCUGGAGGAAUUCUUCCGCGACACCGAGUCGACAACAACUACCUCCCCGACGAUCACCUCCCCAAUGGCGCCAACGAGUCCCGACGCCGGUCAACGCGGGUCCUUCCGACAGAAAUCGUCUUGUGACACUUGCUCCGUGUGCGGCAAGAGGCCGCCACUGUCGGUGCUUGUCCGCGCGUCGCUCUGCAACUGCGGCGUCUGCCAGCAGCGCGUGUGCCACAAGUGCCAAGCAAAGCGGCGCUUGUUCGCGCGCUCGGAUGCCGUCGCCGUGGCGUGCUGUAAGAUCUGCGUCAUGGCGGCCAAGCGGCUGCACGUGGACCCUCGAGAUCCGUGCCCGAUGCUCUCGUCACCACCGAUGUAA